AUGCCAAAAUCACCCUCAAUGCCCCCCUUACCACUCAAUGGUCUAUUCCCCAUAGCUAAGCCUUCAGGUCCGAGCUCGAUGAAAGUGAUAGACUCAAUCACAUCGCUCUUACUAGAGUCCAAGUUAUUUGACGAUCCUGAGAAACGGAAACAUGCGAGAUUCCAGAAGAACAAAAAGAAGAAUACGGCUCAUCUGGGAUUGAAGAUUGGUCAAGGAGGGACAUUGGAUCCUUUAGCUGACGGUGUAUUAGUCAUUGGCGUGAAUAGAGGUACGAAGCAUUUGAAUAGGUUUUUGGAGUGUACAAAGGAAUACGAAAGUAUAGGUUUACUGGGAUGUAUAACAACUUCUAUGGAUUCUGAUGAUCCCGUAUUAUCGACAUCAUCAUGGGAACACGUCACAAGGGAAGAUAUAGAAAAAGUUCUGGAUAGGUUUAGAGGAGAGAUAGAUCAAGUACCUCCCAUCUUCUCAGCUCUGAAGAUGGAUGGUAAACCAUUAUACGAGUAUGCCCGAGAAUCAAAACCUCUACCUCGUCCAAUCCCUACUCGUAAAUGUCAAGUGUCAAUCGAACUAAUCGAUUUCAGACCUGCAUCUGUAACACCAGGAGAUGGUGGACACGAAUACAAAUGGCCUACAAAGAGAUUAUCAGAAGAUGAGAAGAAAGUAUUCAGGAAAUUGACUGACAUAGUCUCUCAAGCUGGUACAGAACCUUCUAAACCUAAAGGUGCAAACCCUACUACAUUAGAAGAAAGUGCGUUCAAUGGGGAUGUACCAGAUUCCAAGCCGGCAGAAACGAAGAAAGAAUCUUUUGUACCGGAUUUAGAAAAACCUGAUUAUCCUGAGAUAUCUCCCAUAAAUGGUUUACGACCACCUACAUUUACUGUCAAGAUGACAGUUUCAAGUGGGACUUACGUCAGGUCGAUCGUACAUGAUAUAGGGGUAGCUCUGGGCUGUGGUGCACAUGUAGUGAAAUUGACGAGGACGAGACAGGGUGAAUUCUCGUUGUAUGGUGAUGAGAAGGUUUUGGCAGCAUCAGCAUCCGAGGAUAUCAAAUCGAAAACAGACGCUCCGUCAGAACAAAUCAACCCAGAAACAGACGUCAACGCUAAGGCUGGGGAAGAGGAGAUUCCAGGACCUACGAACGGAUCCAUACCUUGGCCCGUGUGGGAACGAGCCAUCAAGGAGCGUGAGGAAACUAUCAAAGCUGAGAAACAAGAGAAGGAAGAAGCUAUCAUGUCUGGUAUGAGUGCCGAGGAGAUUCACGCAAACUAUUCGCCAGAGGCUAUCAAGCAGAGGAGGUAUGAAGGGGGAUUGAGAGAAUGGGAAACCGAAGUGUUGAGGAGGUUCGUCAGUGUGCCUGUACCACCUAAUGGGGGACACGGUGAAGGUCAUGGCAAGAAGCAGUAUUAA